AUGGCCGCGUCGGGAGGCUCGUCCGGCGGGUGCACAUGGCCGGACCUCCAGCCGGAGAUGUUGGGCGUCGUGCUCUCGCGGCUGCCGUCGCACGGCGACCGCGUCCGCUUCGCCGCAGUCUGCCGCCCAUGGCGCUCCAGCGCGCGGCUGCUGCGUCCGCUACCCCCGCUGCUCCCGUGGCUCGCCCUCUGCGACGGCACCUUCCUCAGCCUCCCCGACGGCGCCGUCCACCGCCUGCCCGUUGCGGACGACGGCGUCUCCAUCCGGGCCUCCACCGGCAGCAGGCUCUUCCUCGUGCACGGCGACGACGAGUGCUCCCUGACGAACCCUUCCCCGGUAACGACGACCCCUGUCCCUGAGGCCGCCGGCUGGUUCCGAGAAAACCCGACCGUCCUGAAGGUGUUAAUGUCCGAUCACCUCGUCGCCGCCCUGGUGGAGUCCAAAGGCAUCUACGGUUCCACGACCACGAAAGUCAUCAUCUCUACCCGUGGGCAGCCAUGGGACACCACGAGGUGCUCCACGACGGAGUGGGCGGCGCCUGAAGACAGCUUCGCCAUAGAUAUUGCGCUCUUCAAAGGAAAGCUCUGCGUCCUCCUCGACACACGAGCAGACAACCAUCCAGGGACGCAUGAGCUUCGUGUCCUGGACGACGGCCACGAGCAGACAACCAUCCAGGGAACCCCAAUCGCCGGGUUUGAGGACGACUUUGAUCCUUAUGAGACUGACGCGUACGGGCAGCGGCACUACCUCGUCGUCUCCGGCGAUCGGCUGCUGAUGGUGCAACGAUGGAUCAACCUGCCGCCAAUAUUUCCAAUCGACUCGGGGAUCGAGAAGCGGACUCGACUCUUCAAGGUCUUCCAAGCAACGGGCCUGAGCAGCGGCUGCGGACAAUGGACCGAGGUCGAUAGGUUGACAGGGUGCGCGCUCUUUGUCAGCGAAGGCUGCUCGGAGUCUCUCCCAGCCGGGGGUCAAUCUAGCGGCGUCGGAGUUCGAGAAGACUGCAUCUACUUCAUGAACGGCGACACUUGUGAGAAUCCCUUUCCAGACUCCGGCGUGUACAACAUGAGAGACCAGACAGUGGCGCCGUUGCUGCCGGCGACGGUGGCGGUGCCCGCAGCCGGCUACGGUCCAUGGUCUCCAACUUGGCUUUUCCCAGAGACUUGA